GACACCCACAUCGACACAGACCUCGCAACUGCGUCGGCGUCUGCGCAGACCAUCAAUGUUGACAUCCAACCACUCGUUGCUCUUCUCAUCCUCUUUCAAUACCUAUUUCAUCUUCUCACAUUCCAUCACAGCCGCCUCUACAUUAGCCGCAUGGUAAACCAACCGAUGCAAAUCUAUUCAGGUGCUCCUGAAACACUCGUUUGAUCGAUUCGUUAUACCUUUCCCUCGGUCUCGUGUGCCCGCCGUCUCAGACGUCCCCGCCGCCGCCGCAUCCACAUUGUCCACCGCUCACAGAAUGCUAUGGCUGCACCCUCACUCUGAAGACCGCGGCUCUCAAAAGCUUUAAGAAACCCGUUACCUCCUCCUCGCAAUGACGGCUACCUCUCCUCUCCGUCCCUCUACCCCCUCAAAACCGUUCUUCAAUGCGCCUCAACUCUCGCCAAACAGAAUGCCGCCAGCCUUCGUCCCGCCAGCCUCCUUCAAACCGGGACAUCGAAACUUUGACGUCUUUUCCCCUGUUGAUCAGAACGGCAGUUUCUGUUUCGACCGUGUUAUCAAGAGCGGGAAAGUUCUUCGCCGAGUAAAGAACAAAGGAGCCUGGAAACCCUCUUGGAAACCUGCGUACCUCGUCUUGAGACCGAACCUACUAUCUGUCUACCAAAAUCCAGACGAGACCGACUUGAAAGCUUCCAUAACUCUCUCCGAAGUCAACGCAGUUGCACCAGUCCGCAAGGCUCGUACCGAGAAUGUGUUUGGAGUCUUCUCCCCGUCCAAGAACUACCAUUUCCAAGGCCUCUCGGCAAAGGAUUCCACAGACUGGAUUGCACAUAUACGCAUGGAAGCGAGAACAGACGAGGAGGAUGAUAUUGACCUUUUUGCGCCGCAAUUUCCAAAUCGCGAAGGAGAACCAUCCAACACGUAUGAAUCCACCGAUAUGUCUGCAGAUGAAGUACCUAAAGCUCGCGUCUCCUCUGAGGGCCACCGGACGGGCGUGCAGAUUAGGUCGAGGAAAGGAUCACAACUGGCGCAUCAGCCGAAGCCCGCUUCUACUCUCAAUGAGUACUCUGGAAACGAACAGUUCACGACGUCAAUUUCUGAUUUCUCGGAUGCCCUAGGCAGCUCUCUCCCGAAGAAUUCGACCUCAUCACUUCCUAAACACCCAGCACUGACACCAAUUGCCUCGUCUCAGCAGCUUGCCUCAUCUUCUAAGCCUAAACUGCCCGCUCCGACAGCUCCCUCAUCGUCUCACGCCGACCCAACGACCGACCCUGAGCGUGUGAUCCGUCAUGGAUACUUACAAAUCCUCAAAUCCCACAAGACAGGUGUCAAGGGAUGGAAAUGGCUGUGGGUCGUCCUCCGAGCCCGAAGUUUGGCAUUCUACAAGGACGACCAGGAAUACACCGCCGUCAAGAUCUUCUCCAUGAACUCGAUCAUCAAUGCAGCAGAGAUUGACCCUAUCAGCAAGUCCAAAACAUUCUGCUUCCAAGUAAUCACAGACGAUAAGACAUACCGAUUCUGUGCCAAUGACGAGGGCGACCUGGAACGGUGGCUUGGUGCAUUGAAAAGUGUGCUCAGUAAACUACAUGAAGCCGAGAAAGCCUUAGCCAAAGGGAAGGGAAAUGCCAUCACAGAAGGGACUGCUGCGCUGUCUUUACGUUAGGCAUGGUGAUUUCCAUUGACGGCAAGUAGCCAUAACAAGUUUUGGAGGCGAGCCUUGGGUGACGCGCGGUGUCGAACUGACGAUUUGAUGUACAAUUUAUGAAUGCCUACGAGCUUACGAACAGGACUUUUGGAGCGCCUCGGGCUGUCGAUCAGCAAAUGCUGCGCUGUGGUGUCGAAAUGUUGGUAUAAAAUUUGGUUUUGCUCUGCAUUGUAUACCCCGGGGUGUUAGGAUGCUGGAUACCCUUGCGAGGACGACUAUUGAGGAAGGGUUUUUGGAAGGAUGAGAAUAUCAUUGGUAUGAACAAAACGAGUACCUGAGCACGACCGUUUUUAAAAAAAAAUUGCCGGUGGCAUGCGAAGAGCAGUGUGCAGAUGAUGAGAGGCGAAAUAGAGCGUUUCGCUUGUUCUAUAUUGGCAUGAAUAUACAAUAGUACAGUAGUGUGGUACAGAGUCACCAC